AUGUCCAACGAGCCAAAGGUUGACCUAGCGAAGUUCCUCCAUCCUUCUGUCCCAAACCGUGUGUACGACUUCUGGUUCCAGCAUGUCGAACAUGACCAAAAUCUCACGCUCCCAACACAAGAGGUGUUUAAGCCCUGGUUCACCAAAGACGCCGGUUUCGAUCUUGAAUGCGCAACCCAAUUCAAGCCAAUCCUAGCCGCCAUUCACCAAGCACGCCCAGAGCUACAGACGCAGGAGCAGGUUGAAGCUCAAGCUCAGCAAAUCCUGGAACUGGUCAACCCUGAGUCGGCAUUAGACUGGCUUGGGUUAAUCAUUUUCCUCGACCAGCUCCCACGCAACUGCUACCGCGGUGAAGAAGCUGCGCUCGUAUUUUCAUUCUUCGACCCCAUCUCCCGGUUCAUUACGCUUCGGGCCCUUGAGAAGAAGAUUGAGUACAGUCCGGACGUACGCUACCGCCUUGCUUUGCGACACUGGUUCUAUCUUCCAUUGAUGCACUCGGAGACUCUGAGCCAUCAGGAAAUCAUGCUGGAGAAAUACCGUGAAAUGGAUGGAGAUGUUAGUCGUCUUCUAGAUGAGCAGCCGGCAGAAGGGCUAGGUGAGAAGGAUUUAGCGGAUCGUGAAAUCCUCGCGGGCAACAGGAAAGCCGUUGAGGCGAUCUCGGCGCAGAAUUUCAAGUUCCAAAAGGAACAUUAUGACAUUAUUGCGCAGUUUGGACGCUAUCCCUAUCGGAACAAGGUAUUAGGGAGGACAACAACACCGGACGAGGAGAAGUUCCUUCAGGAAGCGAACAUCUCCUUCAGUUGA